AUGAGCUCCUCGUCUUCGUCCGCCGUCAGCGGCUUCGUCUCUGCUGCAACAGCCACUGCCGCUAUGGCCGCCCUCGCGCUCCUGCAGAAGCAGCGUGCGUCGCUGUACAGCGCACCGGCCGACCCACGCGCUGUCCCGCGGCGGCCGAGUGCGCCCCAUCGCCCGCACGGACUCUUGCGGCCCGACGCGACGGACCCGUCCCAAGCGUACGAACUGUACCCCAUUGACUUUGUCAUGCACGUGCAGAUCCGCCAGUCGCUCGUCGACGCUUUUCUCGAGACGUGGCCCACUGCACAGACGCGCGCGUCGGUGCUGCUGAUGCACGGCGGCGUCGACGUCGAUCGCUACGAUACGGACAUUCAGUAUAACUUUCACCAAGAGAGCUUUUUCCAGUACGUGUUUGGCGUGCGGGAGCCUGGAUGCGCUGGACUCGUGGACUUGACCAGUCGGCAGGCGGUGCUCUUUGUCCCGCGCUUGAGCGACGACUGGGAGCUCUGGUGCGGCGAUCGCAAGCCACUGGCGUACUUUAAAGCCCACUACAAAGUGGACCAAGUGUACUACAUGGACGAGCUGGAAGCCGUGCUGACGACCGAGCUGCAGGCCAAGAAGCUCUACGUGCUGCAUGGCAGGAACACGGACAGUGGCCUCGAGACAACAACGACGUCGACGUUUGACGGGAUCGACGCGUUUGACGUGGACAAGGAGGCCUUGCACCCGGUGCUCGUCGAGUGUCGCGUGAUCAAGACGGAGAAGGAGCUAGAGCUCUUGCGCUUUGUCAACAAGCUGUCGUCCCGUGCGCACAUCCAUGUCAUGAAGCGCAUUCGCCCCGGCAAGAUGGAGUUCCACGCCGAGGGCGACUUCCUCCACUACGUGUACAGCAAUGGCGGUGCACGCUUCCACGCUUACACGUGUAUCUGUGGUAGCGGCCACAAUGCCUCGGCCUUGCACUAUGGACACGCUGGUGCACCGAACGACAAGCUGCUGGAGGACGGCGACAUGUUUCUCAACGAUAUGGGUGGCGAGCUGCAUGGAUAUACUUCGGACAUUACGUGCACGUGGCCGGUCAAUGGCGCCUUUUCCGCGGACCAGCGCAUGGUCUAUGAAGGUGUGCUGAAAGCACACGAUGCCGUGCUGGCUGCCAUCAAGCCGGGCGUCAGCUAUGUCGACAUGCACUUGCUAUCGCACCGCGUGCUCACGCAACAUCUGCUCGAGCACGGCCUGUUCCAGAACGGGACAGUCGACGAGUUGAUGGACCACGAGAUCUCGGCUUACUUCUACCCGCACGGUCUCGGCCACUUGAUGGGUCUGGACACCCACGAUGUGGGUGGCAUUCCCAUUGGCUACGUCCGUUCAACGAAGAAAAUCUUGGCCAAGCUGCGUUGCGUGCGUAAUCUGGCGAAGAACAUGGUGCUCACAGUCGAGCCUGGCUGCUACUUUAUCGAGGCUCAGAUUCAAGCGGUUCUAGCGAACCCCGUCACUGCCAAGUUUAUCAACCAGGAAAUGCUGUCUCGCUUCCGCGGCACUGGUGGUGUGCGAAUCGAGUCGAAUAUUGUCGUGACUGCAACAGGCAUUGAGUGCAUGAGCGAAGUGCCGAGGAAAGUCGAAGAGAUUGAGGCGACGAUGCAGAAGGCUUAA